GGCACCACCACCACCAAUCACACCAGCUCUCUCUAGAGCUAGCCCUCUCUUCCUCCAACACUUGUUGCUCCCCUCCCAUCCCCUCAAGCCUUCUUCACUGAAUUUCUUGGUCGUCAUGCACAGCUACAGAGCCAUGCACCCGUACACUCACCCGUACCAGCACCACACCGCCGCCGUUGCGCCCACCAAGCACGGCCACGGCCAUGGCGAGGAGGAGGACGAUCAGUCCAUGCUGCUCCUCUCCCUCUGGCCUCCCGGCCAACACCAUGGCAUCGCCGCUGCUUCCUCGGCGUGCUCGUCUCCCCCAAUCUGCGCCACCACCACCACCACCACCUCCAUGGCCGCCGCCGCUUCUUACCCUUGGCUCACUACCCACCAAAGCCAUUACAAUGGCGGCUGCGGCGGAGGGAGCAGCAGCAGCAGCCACAGUAGCUUCCUGUUCCACGAGCACCAGCAGCAGGAGCCCGACGUGAGCAUCUCACUGUCCAUAGCCCCGCCGUGCAGCAACACCGCUGCUUCCUGUGGUGCCGCCGCCGGUGGCUUCGCUGCCCCGGCCGCACCGUCGACGGUGACGACCGUGACGCCCGGCGGGAGCCAGGUGCCCAGCCAGUACUGGAUCCCCUCCGCCGCCGAGAUCCUGGUCGGCUCCACGCAGUUCUCCUGCGCCGUCUGCAACAAGACCUUCAACCGCUUCAACAACAUGCAGAUGCACAUGUGGGGCCACGGUUCGCAGUACCGGAAGGGGUCCGAGUCCCUGCGCGGCGCCAUCACGGUGGGCACGGCGCCGCCGGCGUCGCUGAUGCGGCUGCCGUGCUACUGCUGCGCGGAGGGCUGCCGGAACAACAUCGAGCACCCGCGGGCGCGGCCGCUCAAGGACUUCCGCACGCUGCAGACGCACUACCGCCGCAAGCACGGCGCGCGGCCGUACGCGUGCCGCCGCUGCGGCAAGCGCUUCGCCGUGCGCGGCGACUGGCGCACGCACGAGAAGAACUGCGGCAAGCUCUGGUUCUGCGUCUGCGGCUCCGACUUCAAGCACAAGCGGUCGCUCAAGGACCACGUCCGCUCCUUCGGCGGAGGGCACGCGCCGCACAUCGUCGAGUCCGUCGCCGUCGAGGACGACGAGGAGGACGACGACGACCACGACGACGCAGACCUGCACGCUUUUGACGACAACGUCGGAAACGGCGGCGGUGCCGGAGGAGAACCCAGCGACAUGGUCGUCGUCUAGCUAGGCUUGCUUGCUUCUUCAUUCGGUCGAUCUAGUAGUACUACGUACGACUACUACACCGAUCGUUCGACCUUCUUAUUAUGAAGGUUUUAGCUAGCUAGCUUGCUCAUCAUCUCUGCUUAGCCGCCGUCUUUUUAGCUAUAGAUUUCAGUAGCUAUAUACUAGUAGUACCUUCUAAUUAGCUGCAAUAUUUCAUGAGUCGUCGUCGUCGACGUACGUACGUAUACGUGAUGCUUUGCGUCUGCAAUUUUUGCAUGGCAAUGCAUUAGUAUGCUAAGGUCGACGUACGUACGUACAAGUAGCUAGACUAGUUGUGUUUGAACUUGUUGUUGGUUAA